AUGUUGAACCAAACAGAAGAAACUAUUGAUAAGCUGUACAGGCAGCUAUUUGUUGUCCAACCUCUCAAUCUCUGCUUCCCCUUCGAGCCAGAUAAGCUUAUUCCAUGCCCACUGCACCUAACAAAUAACAUGGAUCAUCCCACCGCCUUCAGGAUUCAGCCAAAUAUCGACAUCUUUGCCGGUUCGCUCCGAGGCAUUGUGCCUGCAAGAUCCACUCAGACUUACAUUCUGACGAUGCAAAAGCAACAGAAACCACCCCCAAACCUGAGCACAAUUCACAUCCAGAGCGUUGCAGCCAACUUGGACUUAUCGUUGUACAUGUUUAACAAAGCAGAAGCAGUUCAUGAUGUGUUGAAACAGGUGAAGAUAACGAGUCUUCAUGAGUGUGCAAGCCAGCUAGCAUUCAAGCCCAGAAUUCAGGUAUUAUCCCUCAAUCCUACUGAUAGCAUAGACAUCCAUCCAUUGGAGCCAUGGGUUCUAAUAAUAAAAUCUGAUUGGGGUGAGGCACGUGGCAUUGAAAUUUGGAACUGCAGGACCAGGGCAAAGUUGGACCUGUCGAAUAAGCUUCCACCAAUAAAAGGUGUGAUUGAAGCCAAAUUUAUUGCACGCAAGCAAUGGCUUGUGGCUGGAGAUCGGGAUGGUUACAUUCAUGUGUAUUGCUACAAGGCAAUGCAGCGACUCGCGCAUUUCAAAGCACACCGAUCGUUACACAUACAGGACUUGGCAGUUCAUCCAACUGAGCCAUAUGUGCUGUCAGCUUCUUUCCACGAGGGAAACGUCAAGUUGUGGGACUGGGAAAAGGGCUGGAAAUGCACUCGAAUAUUUGAGUUUGCUGACUUUGACCAUGUCUAUGGAGUCACCUUUUUAAACAUAAUGGAUACGGAUACCUUUACAGUUCAUGGCGAUGCUGGAAUAAAGGUUUGUAAUCACCGGUCUGCUAGUUCUGCUGAAUUCAUAUUGUCAGAAUAUAAAGAUCCAGGUUUUAUAACUUGCUUCGAUCACUUUGCUAAUGGUGGCCAUCAUUAUCUGAUUAUCGGUGGCAUUGAUGGGAUUGUCAAGAUUCGGGACUUGCACACAAAGAGUCUUGUUCAAACAGUUGAAGGCGUACAUCUUGAUUCAGUCAAAGUAAUCUAUUGCCAUCCCGAGCAUCCAGUACUAGUUACAGGGUCACAAGAUGGAACUGUUUGUCUGUGGAACUCAACUACGCUCAGGCCUGAGAGAACGUUUAACUUUGGCCUCGAAGGAGUUAAUGAUGUAAAAGUAUGUAUGGAUAGCUCAAGAAGUUACAGGGUAGUGAUUGCACACUGGAACGGAUUGGCAAUGAUAGAAAUCGACCAAAAUGAUCUAGUUGUUGUGAACACUGGCAGCAGCAGUGAAGAAAAUGAUUUAGUUGGCUCAAGAAAAAGAAAACUAUCGGAGCCAGAUCAGUCGGAGAUAGAAAAUGAAGAAAAUGAUUUUGUUGUCGAUGUCAUGGACACUGGUAAUGGCGCAGAGCAGACGCAGGGCAAUGGGUCAACGGAUGAAGAGAUACAUUCUGUGUCCAGUAACCUGCUCGAUGUUUACCCUGGGAAGCUUCAGCUACCAUUUAAGCCCAAUAAGCUGACCUCUUGUUCAGUAAAGCUGAGAAACACGACGGAUGACCACAUUGCUGUCAGGCUUCUGACGAAGUGCCCGAAGAGAUACAUGGCAAAGAUGCCACUUUGUUGCAUUGUGCCGCCAAAUUGCAUGUACACAUUCAUAGUGACAGGUAGCGAUCAGAAGAAGAGACCCCUGCUGAGCAGGGACGAGUUUCUCACCCUAGAAAGCACCAUUUGCUUGAAAGAAGAUAUUGUUGGGCUGCAGAAUGCUAAUGUAGACUCAGCGGCCAUGGAGUUUACCAACUUCUUUAAAGAAGCCAAAGAGAUGGCAGCUGAUAAGCAGGUGCAUGAGCUAAAGUUAAGUGUUGUUUCUGACCCACUAAAAGAGACAACCUCUAUUCAGCAACAGUCAGAAGUUGAGGUCGUAUCCAAUAGGAAGUUUUCACAUGUGCUGUCUGUGGACGUGCAUCCGACGGAACCAUGGAUUCUGACGACCAAUCAAGCCGGAGAGGUUCGCAUUUGGGACUACAAAGCGCAGGCCAUAGCUAUAUCCUUUGACUUCACAGAGGAACAAGUUUACUCUGCUAAAUUCAUUGUGGGAGAGGAAUGGAUUGUCGCUGGUGAUGGCUACGGGACUAUCUAUGUAUACAGUUACCAAACAGAGGAGGAAGUUACAAACAUCGAUGCUCACGAUAGUUUGAUCACGUCUUUGGCUGUGCAUCCCACUGAUCCUCUUGUGCUCUCGUCAUCCGAGGAUCGCCUGAUAAAGCUCUGGGACUGGAAGAAGAACUGGGAGUGUACUCGAACAUUUGAGGGACACUCCGACAGAGUAACACAUGUAAAUUUUAACCCAGUAGGCACCAGCAGUUUUGUAUCUGCUUCCUUGGAUCACACAAUCAAGGUUUGGAACAUUUCUUCUCCUGAGAGCAUCAUCACGACGCUGUCUGAUCACCCGGAUGGCCUGGUUUGUAUUCACAGUUACAGAAGUGAUAUGAAGCAGUAUUUGAUUGCUGGAUCUUGUGAUGGGACUGCACAAAUCUGGGACAUGGAGACGAGAAGACUUGUUCAGACACUCAAAGGGCAUGCACGUCAUAUUAGUUGUGUCUACCAUCACCCAGAACUUCCAGUAGUAAUCACAGGUUCACAUGAUGGGACUGUUCGUUUAUGGAACUCCACUACCUACAGGCUCGAAAGUAUAGUUGGUAUUAACCUUGGUGUAGUUCAUGCUCUUGGAUAUAUCAAAGACUUAAGAAGCCGGGUCGGUGGUGCAAGAAAGUCUUUGGUCGCCGCAGUGGUGGAGCAGAUGGUCUUUGGAACCGCGAAGACAUCCGCAGGGGCGACGAUCGCGGUGGGUGGUGCAACAGCCACAGGAACCGGCGCCAUGGGAGCCACGGGGUCAGCCGCAGGGGCCACGACCUCAGUGGCUGGUGCAUCAACCGCAGGAGCCACGUCAAUGCCGCAGAACUCGAUUAUGGGCGAGUGA